AUGGUCAUGCCCGCCCUCCGCACCUCGGCCGUCCGCCAGCUCGCCACCCGCUCGUUCCACUCUGCCCGGCCACUCGCCGCCGCUCAGAGCGCUGCUGCCAAGCACGUCGAGGGCACCGUCAACGACCCGACCCCGUUCCCGGCGCCCAACAAGGCGCACGGCCAGUACCACUGGACCUUCGAGCGCCUCCUCAGCGUCUCGCUCGUCCCGCUCAUCGGCGCCACGGCCGUCUCGUCCGUCAACCCGGUCCUCGACGGCGUCCUGUGCACCGCCCUCGUCGCCCACUCGCACAUGGGCUUCGACAACAUCCUGACCGACUACCUGCACCCGCGCAAGUUCCCCAUCCUCGGCACGAUCGCGACCUGGCUCCUGCGCACGGCGACUGUCGGUGUCCUCGUCGGCAUCUACCAGUUCGAGACCAACGACAUCGGCCUCACCGAGCUGAUCAAGAAGGCGUGGCGCACCGAGAAGAAGGCCGAGUAG